AUGGAGAAGAUGAGUGAUUGUGUCGAGGAAGGGGAGGGCAGAGGAAAGUCUGUCAUGUUUGACUGUCUGUCUAUGAAGAGCGACUGGUCUAAAAAUUUUCCACCGAACUUGAGUAAAGAACCAGGACCCUCAGAUGCAGAGUAAGAGAAACACUUUUUAACCUUCAAACUCUCAAACAGUCAUUUAUGAUGCUCUAAAUUCUGACCCCUCUGUUUUCGACCAUGGAGCGAAAAAUGAUCUCUGCUCUCAAAACGGUGAUUUUCCUGUUUAACAUGCCAACCUGGAGAAAGUAAAGGAAAAGUCACUGAGCACAUAUUCAUUUAUUAUUCAUAAUGUUUAUAAAAAUGAAGGAUGUAUAAAACAGCAUUUAAAAAUGAUUCUGACCUCAGUAUUUUCUGAUUUGGUUCCUGUGUUUGGAAUGUUUUGAGCCUGUAAGUCUUUGGACUGUGGUGUGUAGACCCCAUAAAAACAGUCUGUGGGUCACAAAAUACCAGAAGACCAAUGAAGAAAUAAAUCCUGAGAAAUAAAAUCUAAUUCAGAGCAUCUGUCUGUUAUUCGACCUUUAGAUCUUAUUGGUCAAAUAAAUGUUUUAAACUGUCAGAGAAAAUCUCUCUACCUUCAAUAAUCCCAGUUUAGUUUUUCUCCUGUCACCACACUUUCAUGCAGCAGCAGCUGAAUAUUUUACAGGAGAUUGUUUUAUGUUAGAGGAAAGAGAGAGGUCAGAAACUCUGGUUUAAUAAAUGCUUCUUAUUCUGCUCUUUCAAACAUGAAAUGAUAAUGAUAAAGAAAAUAAAUGUUCUUUAUUUCCACAGAGAGACAGAAAGAUUUGACUCUGUGGAGGAGCAGCUGUCCAGAUAUCUCAACUCUAAAAGAAGUAAGUCUGAACAUCUGUUCUCUAAAGUCUCUGUCGAUGAAAACACAGCUGACUGAUUGAUCACAAAGAUGUUUUUGUGUUGAGCAGUUUGGUUCAUUUUAUUUUUCUUCUCUUUUAGCAGAUCGCGGUCUGCAGGAGGUUUUAGAUGAACAUAAGAUCAGUCUGAAGAGGAGAUGUGAACGUGUGAAUGAAGGAAGUGAUGAAGCAGGAAGUCAAACCCUUCUCAACAUGAUCUUCACUGACCUCUACAUCACAGAGGGACUAAGUGAAGAGGUGAACACCCAACAUGAGGUGAGACAGCUGGAGACAGUUUCAAAGAUGAAGAUCUUCCAUGACACGCCCAUCAAGUGCCAUGAAAUCUUUAGAGUCUUACCAGGUCAACAGGAAGUCGUCAGAGUGGUUCUGACCAACGGCGUGGCUGGUGUUGGAAAAACCUUCUCAGUGCAGAAGUUCACUCUGGACUGGGCAGAGGGUUUGGAGAACCAAGACCUCAAUCUGGUGGUCCUGCUUUCAUUCAGGGAACUCAACCUGAUCAAAGAUGAGUCCUGCAGUCUUCUGAGUUUGCUCCAUGUUUUCCAUCCAACACUAGAGAAGGUCACAGCAGAGACGCUGGCUGUCUGUAAACUUCUGUUCAUCUUUGACGGUCUGGAUGAAAGCAGACUGUCUCUGGAUUUCACAGACUCUGAGGUUGUUUCUGAUGUCACACAGAAGUCAUCAAUAAAUGUUCUGUUAACAAACCUCAUCAAGGGAAAUCUGCUCCCCUCAGCUCUCAUCUGGAUAACUUCUCGACCUGCAGCAGCCAAUCAGAUCCCUCCUUCAUGUGUGGACAGGGUAACAGAAGUACGAGGCUUCACUGACGCCCAGAAGGACGAGUACUUCAGGAAGAGGUUCAGAGAUGAAGAUCUGUCCAGAAGAAUCAUCUCACACAUCAAGUCCUCCAGGAGCCUCCAAAUCAUGUGUCAGAUCCCAGUCUUCUGCUGGAUCACUGCUACAGUUCUGGAGGACAUGAUGAGCAGAGAGCAGAGAGGAGAGCUGCCCAAGACCCUGACUGACAUGUACUCACACUUCCUGCUGGUCCAGACUAAGAGGAAGAAGCAGAAGUAUGAAGGGGGACAUGAGACAAGUUCUCAGGAGCUGACUGAGGCUGACAGUGAAGUCCUCCUGAAGCUGGGGAGACUGGCCUUUGAACAUCUGGAAAAAGGAAACAUCAUGUUCUACCAAGAAGACCUGGAGCGAUGUGGUCUGGAUGUCUCAGAGGCCUCGGUGUACUCAGGAGUUUGUACAGAGAUCUUCAGAAGAGAGAGUGUGAUCUUCCAGAAAACUGUUUACUGUUUCAUUCAUCUGAGCGUUCAGGAGUUUCUGGCUGCAGUCUACAUGAUCCACAGUUUCACAAACAGGAACACAGAAGCUCUGAAGAUUUUCCAAAAAGGCAACAAACACAAAGACAAAAUGUUUUUUUUAGAGACAGUUUCCAUGUUUUUGCAAAAGGUAGAGCCACAAGACCUGGAUAACAUUUUCAAAUCUCUGGAUGACUUUCUGAAGAGUUGCAUGAUAAAAUCUCUUCUCAGUAAAAAUGGUCACCUGGACUUGUUAGUUCGCUUCCUUCAUGGACUUUCUCUGGAGUCAAACCAGAGACUCUUAGGAGGUCUGCUGGGUCACACAGACAACAGUCCAGAAAUGAUCCAAAGAGUCAUCGACAACCUGAAGGAGAUGAACAGUUAUUAUAUCUCUCCUGACAGAAGCAUCAACAUCUUCCACUGUCUGAUGGAGAUGAACGAUCUAUCAGUUCAUCUGGAGAUUCAAGAGUUCCUGAAGUCAGAGAACAGAUCAGAGAAGGAACUCUCAGAGAUCCACUGCUCUGCUCUGGCCUACAUGCUGCAGAUGUCAGAGGAGGUUCUGGAUGAGUUGAACUUACAUGAGUUUAGCACAUCAGAUCAGGGACGACUGAGACUGAUCCCAGCUGUGAGAAACUGCAGAAAGGCAAUGUAAGUCCAGGUUUUCUUCUCAGAUUAGUGUAAAUGAGCUCUGUAGCUCUUCCAAUGUCCACGUUACUGAUGAUGUUCUUCUUCAAAUAGAAAUCUACUAAAAUAUUAGGGAGGAGUCAUGAGAACGUACGCCCCCUAGAGUUCAAAUAACCUCAACUUUAACUUUGAUCACUGCUCUUCAGGUUUACUUUGUUUUUAUUGUUUAACUAUGACAGAGGUACAGUGGGUCUUUGUAGCUGUCUUUUAAAGGUGCUCUCUGGAUUCAUCAGGUUUUAUAAACUUGUUUCUGCUAGUGAAGGGAAUGUUACAUGGGGAAAAAACCUUCAUUGUGAAAACAAAGAAAUCUUCAACUCUUCAAAUGUUCAGAGUCAAAACAGCUCCAAAUAACUAUUUUAUCUGAACCAAUCAUAGAAAAAGUAGCUGCUGUGAUUUAGUGAGUCAUCCUCUGUUUGGUCAACAGUCUAACCUACGAACCAACCACAUACCAGUACCAAAAACAUGGUUCUCAGUCCCCUUCUCCAACCAGAACUCAAGAAUUCACACAAUAAGAAUGAUACAGCUACACUAACAUGACGACAACACUGUUAGAGAACAGAAUGACUAAAAUAAGUCAUGGAGUCAUUUGUCUUGAACAUCUGAAGAUAUUAAUAGCUGUCUGGUUAAAACCAUAGAUAUUGUUUGAGUUUCUUUAGGUGAAGAGAAUCAUCAAAUUGCCCUUCAAUGAAACAUUGUUUGAUAUUUAUGUUGUUACAGACUUUCUAACUGUGGACUCUCAGAGACUCACUGUGAAGUUGUGGCCUCGGCUCUGAAGUCCAACCCCUCCCAUCUGAGACAUUUGGACCUGAGUCACAAUCAUCUGCAGGAUUCAGGAGGGAAGCUUCUCUCUGCAGGACUGGAGAGUCCAAACUGCAGACUGGAGACUCUGAGGUCAGGCACCAUUUCCUUUUGAUCUAACAAUAAAAUGUGACAGUUGUUGCCUUAGAUUUUUCUCUGUGUUUUUUUCCAUCAACUUUGGUCGAGCAGUUUGACAUUGUAGUUGUAAAACUUCAACACAAGAAGAAAAAUCCAACAUUUCAGAGUUGACUUGGAGUGGAACAAUGGAUGUAGAAAGGAAGCAGAACAAAAUCAGUCCCACAAAUAUUACACAUGCUUGUAGAGGGCAGGAGCAGCACAGACUAAAGGCUGAUAUUGAACUGAUCCACAAUUAAUGUGAUCACUAAUGAAUGAAUGAAGUAUCAGAGAAAUGAUGAGAUGCAGAUUUAAACCUGACUCUGGAUAUUUCAUUUGGAAACUCUUGAAAACUUGAAUUUCUUCUCUGCUCAGCCGUGUUCAAAUAAAAAAAACAGAUCCAGAUUUUUCUGCAGUUUUCACUUUAGCUUAACAUUAACAUCAUCUUGUCCAGUUGGUCCAUAAAAACCUCUCAGAUAAAUAAUCUGAUGGUUUAUUUACAGGUAGUUUGGCAGUUGUUGACAGCAGAUGGACAGACCCCUAAAUAUACUCUUCACUAUUUUAAUCUUAAUGGAGAAUUCAUGACUACAAAAAACUUUGAAAUUUCUCACAUGAGUUUCUCAGGAUCUCACUAAAGUUUUCUGUAUCUUAAAUAUUUCUCGACUGAAAAAUUCCUUAUGAUCUUCAAAAAGUUUAGAGAGGAUUUUACGAAGUUCUUUAAGAUCAACUCUGAAAAGGUUCUUCUUCUAUGUCCUUCAGGGGCUCAAGAACACUGAAUCAUUAAAAGCAGGAACAGUUUCUUCAGAGGUUCAAUGAUUUUUUUCUUCCUUUUUCAGACUGUGGGACUGCAGUUUGUCAGAGAUCAGCUGGUCUUCUUUGGCCUCAGCUCUGAAGUCCAACCCCUCCCAUCUGAGACAUCUGUGGCUGAGUGAAAAUGAGCUGCAGGAUUCAGGAGUGAAGCUGCUGUGUGAAUUUCUGCAGAGUCCAAACUGUAAACUGGAGACUCUGAGGUCAGAAUUUUGUCCUCUUCUCAAACAUUGGCAUGAUUUGUUUGUGAUGAUGACACUAAACUGCUGAAUCAGGACUGAAAUACUUGACCAAGACUGAACACCUAGUUGUAGAUUUCCUGCAUCGGUGGAUUAUUUGAUUGACUCCAGUUAUAUCACUGCUAAACGCCAAUGAAUUAAAACCUGAACACAAGAAGAAAACUCUUUGUAGAGUUGACAGUGAGAAGCAAAUUCAGAGAGAAAACAGAAGCAGGGGGAGAUUUGUCCAACAAGAACGAUUCAAACUUUUGUUCAAGACAAGAUCAGCCAAAAGAAAAAAAUCUGACACCGAUGAAAGUCCAGCUCUGUUACUUUGGUUUUAUCGUUUUUAAAAUCUUUAUGUAAAAAUCUGAAUUUUAUGGUGUAUCAGCACUUUUCUGAAGCCCUGCUGAGAUUCGACUGAAAUUUUUACCUCUCAAAGAUGUGAUAUUUUUGGUUUAGCAAAGUGAAAAUAUUCUGAACAUCCUUUAUUUCCCAUCCGUCUUGAAAUUGCUGACAUUUUCUGGAAAUUUGCUCUGCAUCUACAAUCAGUGAAAAAAUAUCUGUUUGUUUUCACAAUUUAAUGUGUUUUUGAAUUCACUUUUCCAAACUUACUUCCUGUUUGGUUCAGCUCUUUGGAGCGUCACUUUUCUUUGAUUCAUACUUUCCAAACCUUUCCUCUGAACUCUACAGAUUUAAGACAUCAGAUUUCAAAAUGGAUCAUUGUUUAUCUAAAAUCUCAUUGUUUCCUCUUUAUUUAGGUUGAGUUACUGCAGUUUGACAAAGAUCAGUGUUUCUUCUCUGGCCUCAGCUCUGAAGUCCAACCCCUCCCAUCUGAAAAAUUUGUGGCUGUUUGGCAACAAUCAGCAGGAUUCAGACAUGAAGCCACUGUGUGAUCUUCAGAAGAGUCCAGACUACAGACUGGAGGAUCUGGGGUCAGUAUAGAGUUGAAGAUAGUCUGUGCUGGUCUCUCCUGAUACACUCCACACAAUAUCAUGGCAGAUAUUCAGUAUUUCCUGCUGACUCUUUGACCCUCUCAGAGGAUUAUUACCUCCGCCAAGGAGGUUAUGUUUUUGGUAGCGUUUGUUUGUUUGUUUGUUUGUUUGUCUGUGAGCAACUUUACGGAGAAGGUUACAAACGGAUUGACCUGAAAUUUUCACCAGAGGUGCGUCUCAGCCCCAGGAGGAUCCCAUUACAUUUUGGUGGUGAUCCGGAUCGCCUUUUGGAUCCAGGAAUUUUUUGAAGGAUUCUAUAUCAUUGUGAGAUAGGGAAAAUUUUAGAAUUUUUGCAUUUAACUCUAUAAAAAUGGCCAGUCUUCAGUAAAAAAUUACACAAAAGGAUCCUAUUGAGUCUUUUGGGGUGUCAAAGGUUGAUCCUGAUCCAGACAAAAUUCCAGAUACUGUGAUCCAGAACACACAAAAGUAAGGGUGUCAUCGGAAUUUUCAAUGCUGAAAGAUAACCAAUGGGCGGCACAGUGGUGUAGAAUGGUGGCACAGUGGUGUAGUGGUUAGCACUGUCGCCUCACAGCCAGAAGGUCCUGGGUUCGAAUUCUGGUCAGGGCAUUUCUUGUUUUAGGAACAUUAUGAACAGUGAACAUACCAGUUUAAACACAAAUAAAAGUGAACAAAAGACACAUAACAGUAAAAGUUUUGGUGUGAAUCACAAUAUAAGGGGGGACAUGAGCUGCUUGGCGGAGGUCUGUGCUCUCCGAGUGCUUUUUUAGUUUCUUUAGUGAAGCUGUGAGAACAGAAAUCAUUAAAUGAGGCAUGUAAGAGUGUUCUCUCGUAGCUACUGUUCAGAUCAAAUGUAGAAAUGAGACAAAUAAAAUAGAGAUAUUCAGUUUCUGCUCUGAAGUCCAUUUUUUAGUUCUCUGUAUUCAACACAGACUUUAUUUUUCUGCUAACUUGUUGAUUUUGACCUCUAAGGUUGAUAACAGACAGCUGUUCUCUAUACUUUAUACUAUUUUCACAGCAGGUUUGUUACAUCAGCUUUAACACAUUUGACAGGAAUGAUUUCUUUAUUUUGAUGAUGUUGGUUUAUCUUUGAGGAAACCUGCUGCUUUACACCAUCACUUCUGGUCUGAGCAGGACUGAAACCUGCUGCUCUUUAAACUCCAUGUUCUUCAGUCCUGCUGAUGAAGUGAGUCUCAGAGUGGAAACACUGAUUGUCCUUUUUUCUCUCCUCAGAUGGAGGUUGUAG